AUGAUUAUCUCACAACGGCCACGAUUCUACGAAAACAAAUUAGUGCCGGUGGAAAUCAAUCCAGUGUCGCUCAUCGACAGUCUGCGUCAGCUUCGCAUGGCCGUGCACAAUGGUGCGGACAAAUUGAACGCGAAUGAGCCACUUCAUGAUAAAUGGAACCAUGGGGGAAUGUUCCUUACAUUUUCAGGGAUCUCUCUAGCUUUCUUGCGUCUCGACUAUCAGAAUCCAGUACUGUCUAGUGGCAAUGCAACUGCCUCGUCAUUCCUGAAAGAUGCACUGGCAAGAAUUCCAUGUGGGCUUCCGGAUGUGCCUUUGAUCCCAUCACGAUUAUCCCCGGCAGGGUCAUUCUCGCCAUUGGCCGCUGUUACUCUACGCAUUCUCGCGGAAGUUGCAAAGAGCGGAUGGGGCGCCGGUGAGAGGCCCAGUAUUGCUCCGGAACUCAUUAAAUGCCUAGAAGAUGCUGUCAAUCUGGCACUCGAAAAUCCAUGGAUUCUGCCUCAUGGCGAACAUCGAAUGGGUGGAGAUGAGAUUCUUUACGGUCGUGCCGGCCUGCUUUGGCUGCUUUUGAAUGUUCGAGCUCACCAGUAUGAUGAGUCGACUACUAAGCUUCUUUCUCCUGUCCUUGCUAAACUCCCUAACUUGAUCGGUGUAAUCAUCGACGCCGGCCGCGAGGGCUCCAAGCACUAUCGACAGGAGCACAGUGAUGAAGAUGCGCAUCCACUCAUGUAUGCUUGGAUGGAGGGUCAUUAUGGAUUUGGCGCUGCUCAUGGAGCUACGGGUAUUCUCUCUGUUCUACUCUCCUGUGCGACAGAAGAGAUAUCGGAAUAUAUCUCGGAGAUCGGUGAGACCAUCACAGCACUAUGCAAAUUUUGUGUGGCUCACAGUGGCCAUCUGCCAAAGGCUCUCCCGCCUCGAGAUUCAAAUGAGCCAUCCGAGCUUGUGCAAUUCUGUCAUGGUUCCCCUGCAAUCUUGUUAUUGUUGGGCGUGGCCUUCAACAAUGAGCAGCUCACACAAGGCUAUUGGCAUCCAGCAUGGGACCAGGCGUUGUACCAGGCGACCUGCCGCGUGUGGGAAGAGGGCCUUCUUUCGAAGGGAGGUAGCUUGUGCCAUGGUGUUUCUGGGAAUGCGUGGCCAUGGCUACUUUUACACGACGCAUUCGAGUACAAGGCUGAUGUGAUCAAUGGUGCCAGGAGCAGAUUCUUCCAGAACAGUGCUGGAUUGGAAUCACUGGACGAAAGUCUCCCUUCCAGGCUGACCCCAGACUUCUUUCUGUCGCGAGCAUUGGCCUUCAUGUUGCAUUCAUUUGAGACACGUCCGUACAGGGAUGAUCAAGUUCCCUCGGAGUACGACUAUUGCAUGCCUGACGAGCCAAACUCACUGUUCAAUGGACUGGCAGGAAACCUUGUCGCCUGGGCUGAAACUUGCGCAGUCGUGCAAGCCCGACUGCGUAGGAUGAUGCUCUCUGAGGACAGGGGUAGUCUUAAGAAUGAUCAUGCUUUCCAGGAAGCGCUUCGAUGUCGGUUGGGUUUUCCAAUGAUUGGUGGCAACGGUGCCCGGGGUGCUCUUUGA